CACACACACACACACACACACACACACACACACACACACACACACAUAUUAUAUAUAAUCUUGGAGGACGUCCAGGUUCUCUACGAAGUCCCCGCGAACACUUGAAAUCCGCGCGAUUCAGAUUUAUAAGAAAUAAUGACAUGCUACGUCAGGAUCCUCAUUGCGCGAGUUAUCGCGCUUGUGCAUUUUUCAUCAUUCGAUCGCAGUUGUAAUCUCAUGAGGCAAUAAUCUUAUCUGAGGGGAGUCCUAGGCACGCAAUCCUGUGCAGUGGAAAGCUAACGCCAAGAUGUAUCAAAUUGUCGAGCUGAUCGUGAACAGCGCUUUGCUAUGGAUAUUCCUCGAGACCGUGCUGAGCGUCCUGGUCACCGUCUUGUAUGAGUUUUGCGUUCCCUGGAUCGUUUGGGGUACAUUGAUUGUCAUGGUAGCGCUGAAAUUGGCCCGUGUGUCCCCACCACCUGUCGACACUGUGCAAGAAGUGCUCGGCGUGAACCCGUUCCUCCUGAGCAAAGAUAACUCCGUGUCCGAAAACAACGGUAACGGAGAGCAAUAUUGCAUGCGAGUGGUGGCCCAUCGUGGUGGAGGACUCGAUUAUCCUGAGAACAGUUUGUUGGCUUUCCGAAACACCAGAAAAAAGGGCUGUACUGCAGUAGAACUCGAUUUACGACUAACAAAAGAUAACAUUCCAAUACUAUUCCAUGAUCCAACAAUUGAAAGACUCACAGGUCAGAUGGGAACAAUCAGUGAAAUGACAUGGGAAGAAUUGAAGGAAUUUGAUAUAACUUAUAAUCAUCCACUUAAGAGCAAAUUUUUCGAAGGUGAGAGGAUCGCACUGUUGCAUGAUGUGCUGCAGGAAUGUCUAAACAAUGAACAAAGAAUAAUUAUAGAUAUAAAGGAGACAAGGAUGGAUGUCGUGCAAGUUGUUCUAGAUGCAUACGAGAAAUAUCCAAAAUUAUUUCAGAGAGCCGUCAUAUCGAGUUUCAAUCCAAUCAUAGUAUACAUGAUUAGAAAAAAAGAACCGCAUAUUGUUUCGAGCCUUGCUUGGAGGCCGUACUUUUUUUCGAGAACUUCGUAUGCUGGUCUAGAAGCACCUGGUCCAGUACGAUUUCACAAUCCGUUUAAACAUAUGGCAGCUUGUAUUUUGGAAGUUUUAUAUGAAUGGCUAUUACCGCGUUUUGUCUACUACAUCGUUGGCGUUUCGGCCGUGCUGUUGCACAAGGACAUAGUGAAUCCGUAUGUAAUUGUUGCUAAAUUUUUAUAAAUUUCAUUUGCA